ACAAAAACGUGAUUUUCUGUUCCACUUUGGUUUUUUAAUCUAUUUGUUUUAAUAGAGCAUGGGAACUUAAAGUUCCAUCUUGAUUGGUCACCACUAAACUACCAUUGAAACAGGCACAUCAGUAUCCUGUUGGAGUAAAGGAAAAGCUUAGAAAUAAUCAACCAUGUCCAAGGCAACCAAGCGCAAGCAUGUAGUCAAAGAAGUUCUUGGAGAGUUCGUCACACCCAGUGAGAAGCAGCAGAUCAUGAGGAUUUUGGGAACCAAUGGCAAUAACCUACAUGAUGCUGUAACAGACAGUGGUGAGAGAUUUCUGCUUAGCAUGCCCACAAAGUUCCGCAAAAACAUCUGGAUUAAAAGAGGUGAUUUUGUGAUUGUAGAUCCUAUAGAGGAGGGUGACAAGGUGAAAGGAGAAAUCAGUUUUAUUCUGUAUAGAGACCAUAUCCAGUAUUUAAGGAAACUUGGUGUCUGGCCAAAAGGAUUCAAAGUGGAUGGUGAGAGUGGGGACAGGAAGCAGGAAGUGCAGAAAGAUGAGAAUGAUUGCGAAGAGCAAGAGGAGGACGAGCAUAGCAACAGUGACUCUGACGAUGAUGGCGACCUUUUUGUAAACACAAACAGAGCCACAGUUCAGUACAGUGAGAGUGAGGAAGACUCUAAUGACUCCGAUGAAGAGGAGGAGAAUGAAGAAGAUGAAUAGGAAGGAACUUUUGACUGGUGAAUUCUGUAAAUAAUUUAAUAUUCUGAGGUUGCAAAGGUUUAAUAUACAGGUUGCAGAUGCUGCUGACUAAGUUAAAUCAUUUGUGGACUGUAAUUAAGCUAAAAGAUCCUAUUUUUCAGUGGCAAGAACCAUUUACUUACUAUUCAAACAAUAAAAAAGCCAUGGUAAUGCUCUCUUAAAUAUCUGGAAUAAUUAGAUCCACAUAAAAAUCACCAGUUAAUGUCCAAAUGUAUUUCAGAUGUAAAUGAUUUCUAUAUAUACGAUUAUAGGUUUCAAAAAGAUUUGUUGCAUUGACAAAAACAUUGUAUCAUAGUGUACAGUAUGUACAUAU